AAAUUAUCUAUGUAGAUAGCUCAACACCAAAGAUCACUUUAGCACAGUAAAUUAUUUUUAGUAUUUUUUCUCCAACUCACCAGCACAGAAAAAACCACCUUUUCCACUCGGACGUUGAAUAAGAAGUGACCAUUUAAUAUGAACAUAAUAUAAUAUAUGAACCAUAAUAAUAAUAUGUAUGAUAUGAUCCAUGAUAAUAAUAUGAACCAUGCACAUGGAUUCAAGCAAUAUUCUUGAUGAGUCGUUUUGUGAGGAGUCUCCAGUCGAAAUGGGCCAAUCCCUUAUAAAGAAGAGGUGCUACGACACCAAUGUUGAAGCGGCAGGUGUAUGCCAAGUUUGCUCUCCGAGUGAUGAUAUUAACGCGAAGCUGGACACCAAUGUUGAAGAAGAGGAAGCGGCAGGUGUAAGCCAAGUUUGCUCUCCGAGUGAUGAUAUAAACGCGAAGCUGGACAUCCUUCUUAAUAACCAAAAAGCCAUAUGGGAUACUUUGCAGACAAGCAUCAACAACCAAGCAAAGUUGUCAACAAAUCAGGCGGAGCUGGAGAAGAAAUUCAUAUCACUCCAAAUGAAUGCAGUCGAAAACGCGGAAUUUCUCGCUCUAGCGAAAUCAGCACGCGAAAUAAAGGUUUCGGUGCAAAAUAUAGAAAAGGAAGUUUGUCGUAUGACGGGCGAAGCAUGUGACAAAAUUAUGAACGAAAUUGCCAGCAUGUUGCCCUGCUCCGCAUAUACCCCGAUAAUGGCGCUCGAGGAGAAAUUAAAGGCCAAGGAGUAUGUGAAAGCAAUGACCACAUACUUGUACAAGGUCAAAGGCGUGUCGGACGACGUUGGCGGUGUUUUCAAAAAGCUUUUCACCGAUGAGUCCUUGGCUGAAUUUAAUUGGGAAGGGAGGUGGGAGAAAAAAGCCUUGAGAGAACUGACGUUAUUUGAGCAUGUUUUGCGCGACGUUUUCAAUAAAAUGACGUCCAAGGAGUUCGAGCACGCGGUUAAAAAACAAGUGGAGCGGAGUCAUCAUCGUCUUCAUCAAAAAAAAUAUGACUCCAAGAAAAGCGACAAAAAAUAAUGUAUGUAAAUAAUUCAU